AUGUCAGCUCUAGCUCUAGUACUAGUACUGCUCUGCUCGGCCACGAUCAUGGCGGCGCCGGCGCCGGCGGACGUGGAGUCCCACAGCUUCCCCGUCUUCAACGCCACCACGACCGAGAGCCUCUGGGUGGCAACGAACAUGUCCGUCGUCACGCCGGCAGCGCUCCUCUUCAGGCCAGAGCAGCUGUUUCCGGAGGUCAACGUGUCCGAGGGGUUUCUGCUGCUCCCCAAGAUGGUCGACGUCUGGCGCGCCGGCGCGGGCGGGUUGCCGACACGGGAGGCGUCCUUCAACACGAGCUUCACGGUGGAAAGCGCCGCCCCUCCCGUCUCCUUCGUCCUCCUCCUCGACAGGUUCCCGACGCUCAACAACCCCCUGGGCCUCCGUGGCGCUAACGGCUCGGCCGCCGGUGCCGCGCCGAACGCCACGGACGGCCUCGCCGCGGUCGAGGUCGGCACGGUGAGGUCGUACGCGCCAGAGUCUCCGAGCGUCGGCCUCAACGUCACCGUCACGCCCAACGGCACCGCGGCGCCUGGCCGCCGCGCCGUGUGGGUCGAGUACAACGCCGUCGAGCACGUAGUGCGCGUGUACGUCGCCGCCGGUGGGGAACCGAGGCCAGCCAGAGCGCUCCUCGACGCGCGGCUCUCCCUCGCUGGCCAAGGCACCACGCAAACCGCGUUGGUCGGCUUCUUCGCCGCCAGAGUCCGCGACAUCUUCGUCGGUGUUCGUGAUUGGGACCUCGCGGUGGACAGGCUCGACACCGACGGCAAGAAGAAGGGGACGCCGUGGUGGGUGAUACUGAUCGCGGUGAUCGGGUCCGUGGCCGCCGCCGCCGCCAUCGUCUCCCUGGUAGUGUGCUCCUUUGUAUCGAGGCGACGGGCGCGCGAUGUGGAACCCAAGCAAUAG